GCCACUGCCCAGAGACUCAAAGGGGGACCUGAUGUGCCCAGUCCUCAGGCCCUCCCUGGCCCCUGGGUCCUGGUGGUGCUGUGGGUGCCCCUGUGGGCCUCAAGGUGACACCCUGUGUCUUUGGUCGCAGAGAUCGUGAAGGAGGUUGAGGUCCUGCCGGCUGCCCUGGGUGUCCCAGCCCAUGGGCCGGGGGACAGCUGCCACUCGCCUGUGGUGGAAGAAGAGGUGGGCAUCCCGAUACCAGCGCCGGGGCUCCUGCAGGUCACUGAGAGGAGGCAGCCCCUGAGCAGCGUCUCCUCUCUGGAGGUCCACUUCGACCUCCUGGACCUCACCGAGUUGACCGACAUGUCCGACCAGGAGCUGGCCGAGGUCUUCGCCGACUCGGAUGACGAGAACCUCACCAGCGAGUCCCCGGCAGGUCUGCACCCGCUCCCGCGGGCCGGCUGCCUGCGCUCCCCGUCCUGGACGCGGACAAGAGCUGAGCAGAACCGCGAGAAGCAGCCCCUUGGCGACCCUGAGCGGCAGGCCGCGAUCCUGGACACGCUUCUCACCGUGGAGGGGCCCCAGGAGGACUAGGCC